ACAACUUUAAUCGUUGCUAAAUAUACCGCUUUUAAUUGUAACGACAAUGUUGUUGCUGAUAUUUAUGACUACAAACCUAAAAAGUACAAAAAUAAUAAUAAAAAAUUGAUAAAACAAAAGAAAUUUGUACUGUAUAUUUUACUUUCCCAAACCCAGAACCUUCUAUCCUUCUUCUUCCCCGCCUAACCCUUAUUUCAUCCCGUCACCCCAAAUUUUCUCCACUCCGAAAUUCAAAGCAACUACAAAAAUACCCAAAACAACUACAAAUUAAGCUUACUAAAAUUAUCUAUUAUUUAACCUCAAAAAAAAAUUAUAAAUUCUAAAUAAAUUACUUCUUAGCCCAAAUUGCUUAAAUCGUUUGGUGCGAUAUAAUUUUGGGAGUUAGUGUUUGUCUAAAAAAAAGGAAAUUCUUGUGGGUAUGGAUUUUGACAUUAGCUAGCUUUGAUGAUUUCUUCUUGGUACUACUCUAAUAUCAAGUAACAAGAGAGACACAUAAUUAGUAGCUAGCUGAUAGAAAAUCGAAGUAACCAAAGGAGAAAACUUUUUGAGCUAUAGCAGGCUAUCUGGACGGUUUCUUGUUGCGAACACAAAUUAAUGUUGGAGAGAGAAAAUCCAAGAAAUGUGGAACGAAGACACAAGAUGCAAUUUGCAACUUGGAUUCAUGAUCGUGUGCGUAAACUCUAUGAAGAAGGGAACAUUGAUGAAGACAUAUAUAAUUUAGUUUGUUUUCCUUCUAGAGUUGUGAGGCGCUAUGCUGCUUAUAUAGUUAACGGUUUUCGGUUUCAUACACAUGAUAGGUGUGAGAAUAGGAAAACUCAAAAUAGUGGAGUUAUGGUACGUGGAGAUGAUAUUUCAGACAAAAAAUAUUAUGGUGUGUUAAAAGACAUCUUUGAGGUUUCGUAUCUGGGUGGGAAUCGUACGUUUGUUUUUAAAUGUGCAUGGUUUGAUGUACAACACCUUGGAAAAGGAUACAAAGUGGAUGAUCAUGGACUGAUAAGUGUAAAUAAAAGGGGUUCUUUGAAAACAAAAGAAGUGUACGUUUUAGAAUCACAAGUUGAACAAGUAUUCUACGUACAAGAUCCGAAAAAUGAGGAUUGGCAGUUUGUUAUCGAAAACCCAACCCAGAGAUCUUUAUGAUAUGCCAAACAAUGAUAAGAAUGACCAAGGUGGUGUAGAUGUGGACGCAUAUCAGCAGGUUGAUGUAAAUCAAGUUGAAUGCCAAAGCUUCAGGACUGGGAAUGAUAGGUUUCUUAUAAAUUCAUUAGCAACAAAUACUUUUGUGGUUGAGAGAGAACCUAGUGUUCUAAAUUUAGUUAGAAAAGUGAUUGAGGAAAUUGGUAAAGAUGAUGACUUUAUCAAUGAUGGUGAUAUUGAAGUUUUAGAAGAUACAAGUGAAGAGGAAGAGUUUAGUUCGAAGUCAUCAUAAGAGUAAAAUUGAAUAUGUUAUCUUUCUCUCUUUUUUUUUUCAGUGUAUGAAAUUUGCUUUUUUGUCGUAUAUACGUUAAUAUUAUACUUACGUCAUGUGUAUACCACUAUAAGUUUACAGAUUUCUAUUAGUUAUUGGAUGGAGUUUUGUAUAGAAUGUAUUCUAAACUAAUGUUAUUACGUGUUUAUGCAAAAAUAGGAAAUUAUAAAGAAUGGUUGGGAGAGGUGGUGGAAAAAAUGUGUGUAAUCGAAAACAAGAUGGAAAAGGAAGUAAUCUUUACUCAAAUGUGGUAGGAGAACAUGUGAGAUCCUCAAAUUUGGUACAAAAUGGUGGCAAUUAUAAUGUACCAAGAAGGUCAAUGAACUCUUCAAAUCAAAUUCAAAGUAUGGGGAAUUGUGACUUACCUAACCAAAAUGCCUUGGGAUCCUUGAAUCAUUUAGAGCAUUGUCAAACACAUGAUGAUAACAUGAUUUCCAAUGAAAAUCAAAUUCAAAAUGAGUCAGAGGGGUGUAUUUCACCACAUGUUCGAGCUGGUACGACAAGCAAAAGGAAAAGAAAGACCAAUUUAGUAGGAAGGAUGAACAUGACUUUGGAAGCAACAAAUGCUCUGGAUCCACCUAUUAGAAGGGACGAAGAAAAUAGAGGAUUUGGUGAAAAUUCUAAUCGUUGGCAAGUAGGGAAUAAUGGUUCGAUACACUCAGUUGUUAAUGGAGAAACUACACGAGAUGGCGAAGGUAAAAUAAACAUAUUAUUGUGAGAAAGUUUUCUCUUUUUUAGCUUUCUUACUAGCUACAAAUAAUAUUUACGUUGUAAAGUUUUUGAUAAAAAUCAACCUGUAUAAACGAAAAGUAAACUUGAAAAUACGGUAAUCUGACAUUCAUGUAAAUCUGACCAAAUAUUUUGAGUGGAACAUGUGAUUUGAAUUGCAAAACAUGGUAAUAGCGACAAGCAAGGUGAAGCAAAGAGGCGAAAGGGGAAAGUACAAAAGCUAUGUAGUAGAUAUGAAAAUCAAAGGGAAAAAAUCCAAAUUACAAGUGUACAUUCCAGAUGACAUUGACCGGGCUAUCGGUGAAAAUGCCCAUUGUUUUUGAAUGAGUGUGGUCGUGUCGUGAGGACAAGGGCUCCAUUGAAUGUGAAGAGUUGGAAAGAAGCUUUUGGACUAGCUGGUGAUGUGAUGUGGAAGGAAAUUGAGGAAAAGUUUCAAGUUAAAGAAGGUAGUUCCUACAUUAAGAUGCAAGCUUUUGCCAUCGAAACUAUGCAACGUCUUUAUAGGUUAUGGAAAUCUCGAUUGCACAACUAUUAUAAGAAUGGAGGUUGUGGACAAAAUGAUGAGGAGCGCUUAAAAAAUCCUCCACCAGAUUUACCUCAAAAUCAAUGGAAACAUUGUGUGGAACGAUUUAGCUCUGAACCUGUUAAGGCAAUGAGUGAAAGAAAUUCAAGAAAUCGUCUUUCUGUGAAAAGAACUAAGCACACUACUGGCAACAAUUCAUUUGCAGAAGCUGAACAUGUAUUGACUUGUGAAAACAAUGGUGUAAAACCAUCAGCUGAUGUGAUUUGGCUUUUCGAGCACACAACAAAAAAUAAGGAAGGACAACUUCAGUGGGCUGAUGAUUCUCGCUCUAAGGAAAUUUAUGACCAAUUAAAAGUUGUAGUUGCUACUCAUGGGGAGUCGAUGACUCAAGAGGAGAUUCUUUUGGAUGUUUUGAAACCCAGAUCUGGUUACUUUCGUGGGAAAGGUACAGCCUUACGUGGUUAUAGUAAGGGAACUAGAAAACACCUUGAGCAGCAAAAGAAGAUUCAAGAGCAAGAUGAAAGGAUAAAAGAGUUAGAAGAGACUCAAGAACAAACAAAAAAAACAGCUACAAGAGACAGUUGAAGCAACAUCAAGGCAACUAGAACAACAAAAGCUUGAUAUGCAACGUGCAAUGGAUGCAAUGAAGGAAGAAUUAUUGCGAGAAUUUUUAAACAAAGGUACAUGCUAAAAUCUAUUUCAAAAAUGAUGUCAUAGACCAUUUACUUGGAGAUAAUAAUUAUAUCUUUUAUAAAAUUUUUACCUGACAAUUAAAAUUAAUUUAAUUUUGAUUUCAAGGUACUGUUUUUUUUUUCCCCUUAUUGUCCUUAGAUUUUAUAAGUUCUUUUAGACUCCAUCACAUUUAUAAGGAUGUUUGAAAUAGCACAUGAUUAAUCUUAAAUAUCUCUUUAUAAUCAUAUUAUGUAUUAUGAAAUAUGUAGUUGUAGACACCUAAAAAUGUCUCCCC